UUCAAACAAACCUCGAAAAGGUCCUUUGAUUGCUCGACAAGUCAGUAUAUCCAGCAGCACAUCACUAGUUUGCUGUUAUGAGACCCGAGCGGUCCGACUUCUUCACGGCCACAACAUCAAGCGAAGUUCUUUACCAUUUCACAUGGCCAUACACUGAAGUGUCUAAUGACCUCCAGCUCGGGGCUGUCCAUGUGAGAAGUUAAUCUGGGAAGAGAAUGGCAGACACUUAAAGAGAGAGAAGAGUUUCCCACAGAGCAUGGCCUCUGCCAAAGAAGAUGGCAUGGAUGAAAGAACUGUGGACAUUAAAAAAGAGGACUGUGAGCGGCUCACACCAGAGGAUGUGUGUGUGAAAGUGGAGGAUCAUGAAGAAAGAAUUUCAGUUUUUAAAGAGGAGGAGGGGUGCAAGUGGAUGACUGCUGCCAUUAAAGCUGAGAAUCUGAAUGACUUCUCAAUUGGUUUUGAACUUCAAAAACAUGAAACUGAAGAUAUUGUCAAGAAAGAGGCCUGUGAAGAAUCUCCAUUCAGUUUACAGCCUUGGUCCACUAAUAUGGGACGACUGGCUACGCAGAAGAAUUCUGUAGAGCUGAAAUCAGAGUUAUCAGAGUCUAAAGAGAAAAUCACCGAGGAAAAUGGGAGAGAAGGAGAAGAGUCAACUGGGAGUGUUGGAAUAAAUUUACAGAAGAAUGACAGCUUCUCUCCACCUUCAUUUGGUCAGCCCUCUCCUCAAUACAAAGAGAAAAGUAUGAAGAAAUCAGCAAGAGGAUCAGAGAACCAGGCAGCAGCCUUUUUGCAGUACAGUUCUCUCCCUGCUACUGGAGUAACACAGACAGAAGCCAUUGAAACUGAUGGACAGCAAGUGGAGAAAGAAAUCAAAAUUCACACUGGAAAAAAAUGUUGUUUGGAAUGUGGAAAACAAUUUACAUACAAAAGUUAUCUUAAUAAGCAUAUGAAGAUUCACACUGGAGAUACAACAUAUUGUUGUAAUGAAUGUGGUAAGUCGUUCUUAAAGAGAAGCAAUCUUCAGAACCACAGAAGAAUCCACACUGGAGAAAAACCUCAUUGCUGUCCAGAAUGUGGUAAGUCAUUUUUAAGGAGAAGCUGUCUUCAGAGACACAUAAGAAUCCACACAGGAGAAAAACCUCACUGUUGUCCAGAAUGUGGCAAGUCAUUCUUUUGCAGAAGCAGUCUUCAGAGGCACAGAAGAAUCCACACAGGAGAAAAACCUCAUUGUUGUUCAGAAUGUGGGAAGUCAUUCUUAAGUAGAAGCCAUCUUCAGAGGCACAGAAGAAUCCACACCGGAGAAAAACCUCAUUGUUGUUCAGAAUGUGGUAAGUCAUUCUUAAGUAGAAGCCAUCUUCAGAGGCACAUAAAAAUUCACACAGGAUAAAAAACCUUAUUGCUGUCCAGAAUGUGCUGAACAAUUUUCUAACAAAUGCAGUUAUUAAAGGCACACAGAAAUUGUUACCGGAGAGAAGCCAUAUUGCUGUUCUCAAUGUGGUAAAAGGUUUUAAACAUUCGCUCUUUUCAAGUAAACACCCCAACUCACACUAAAGCAAAAAUGCAGUAUGUAUGCUCUGAAUGUGGCAAAUGUUAUACAAACCAGAAAGGUCUUUAUCCUCAUGCCAAAAUGCAUACUGAAGAAAAAUCUCAUUUCUGUUGUGAAUGUGAGAAACUAUUCUUAUAUUUAAGGACACUUCAGUGCCACAUCAGAACUCAUACUGGAGAUAAACCUUAUUGUUGUCCUGAAUGUGAUAAGCAGUUCU